CUUCACCGAGACAAAAGCUCCAUCCAACCAACCCAACUACUCCGAGACAAGUCCUCCGUUCAAGCUACCAUGCUCCAACGAGACCUGAAAUCCUUUCCACCACCUGGCACGAAGAGCUUCUUCCGCAACAAGAGAGACGAAGAAUUUGCAUCUCGCCAACGGAACUUCGAUAAACUCCCCAAACCAGAGCAACAAGAAAACGAGGUGUGGGUCCAAGACUACAUGAAGCGCUCGGGUCCUUGUCCGCAAAACUUCAAGUGGGAGAGAAGAGGCAAAGGUCUCCACUGCACCGGCGGCAACCACUACGUGACCGACGACUUGAUCGCCGAAGGAAAAGGUGGCAUGAUGUUCGUC